AUGUUCCAACCGGAUCGGAUCAUCCUGCAGGGAAAUGCCCAGCUCAAGAUUGACGGGCAUUUCUCGACCUGGAACAAGCGCUAUUUCAUGCUCCGACCUGACAUGCUUUCCUGGCAUCGCAAUGAGAACUCCCCCCAGAUUCUCAACUCGAUCGACAUCAAGUCCGUCAUCAGCGUCGAGCGCUCGAGUGUCAAGGAGUUCUGCGUCGCCAUCCAAACCCCCUCGACGGUCUUUUGGCUGACCUUCAAGUCGGAGUUCGAGUUGUACUCUUGGAUGGACGAGCUCCAGCACCUGGUCAGCCGAUCCACCAAGCCGACGGAUGUGGUGCACACUCUGCAUGUGGGCUUCGAUCCCACCACCAAGGACUUCGUGGGGCUUCCCGAUGAGUGGCGCAAGCUGCUGGCCAGCUCCGGCAUCACCAAGGAGGAGCAGGAGAAGGACCCCCAGGCGGUGCUCGAUGUCAUCGGGUUUUACAUCGGCCAGCAGGGCGGCGCGGGCGCCGGCCUUCCCAGUCCCGGCGGCCUGCCGCCCUUCUUCGCGGGUGCUUGCGUCGGUUCCGGCCCCGGCGCCGGCGUGACCACCGCCCCGAACUCGGCGCCGGUUAGCCCCGCGCCGCCGGUUUCCCCGUCGCCGGCGCUCAAUGACCAGCUGUCGCGGAUGGCCCUCGGUGAUGAGCCGCCGGCUGGCUCGUCGGCGGUCGUGUCCCCUCCGACCGUGCUUCCGCCGCCGCCGCCACUUGUGCCGGCUGGUACGCCAGGCGCCACGGCCCCUGGCGGCCCUGCGCAGCCGCGUAUGUCCAUCGCCGGGCCCCCGCCAUCGAGGCCGCCCCCCCGGCCGCCGGUCGGUCUGCCCCCCCGGCACCCGCCCACUGGGCCGAGCACUCCGGCGGCCCCCCCGGCCGCCGCCGCCGCCGCCGCCGCCGCCGCUGCUGCUCCUCCCCCCCAGUCGCCGCUUCCCCCGCGGCCGUCUUUGGCCCCGCCGCCGCCGCUGGUGCCGGCUUCCCUGGCCCAGACCGCCCACCAUGGCGACGCAUCGUCCCUCCCGCCGCCGCCUCUUCCCCCGGCCGCGGCCAACCUCCCGCCGAGCAAGCCGGCGCCCGCGCCACCGGCCGGCGUCUCCCCGGCCGCGGCCCCUGGCCAGGGCCGGCCCCCAAGCCAGGACCUGCGCAAGCUCUUCCGCGAGAGUGCCGACAUCAUGGCGAAGCUCUAUGCUGUCGUGUCGAAGGACGACCCCGGUCGUAUCUUCGAGGGGUUCCGCAAGAUUGGCCAGGGUGCCUCGGGUACCGUCUACUCGGCCAUCAAGAAGGACACCCAGCAGAAGGUGGCCAUCAAGCGCAUGGAUCUCAAUGUCCAGCCCAAGAAGGAGCUCAUCAUCAACGAAAUUCUCAUCAUGUACGAGAGCCGCCACCCGAACAUCGUCAACUACAUCGACAGCUACCUGGUCAAGAACGAGCUUUGGGUCGCCAUGGAGUAUAUGGAGGGUGGUUCGCUGACCGAUGUCAUCGAGGCCAAUCCCAACCUGACCGAGCCUCAGAUCGCGGCCAUCUGCCUGGAGACGAUCAAGGGUCUGGUGCACCUUCACAAGAGCAAUGUCAUCCACCGGGACAUCAAGUCCGACAACCUGCUGCUGGACUUGACGGGCAAUGUCAAGCUCACGGACUUCGGCUUCUGUGCCAAGAUCGAUGCCGGUGGCAAGCGCUCCACCAUGGUCGGAACUCCCUACUGGAUGGCUCCGGAGGUGGUCAAGCAGAAGGAGUACGGGCCGAAGGUGGAUGUCUGGUCGUUGGGGAUCAUGGUCAUCGAGAUGAUCGACGGCGCCCCGCCCUACCUGGACCAGGAGCCCCUGCGCGCGCUUUAUCUGAUCGCCACCAAUGGCACCCCGAAGCUCCAGCGCCCGACCGACACCCUGACCCCGGAGCUACUCGACUUCCUGCGCAUCUGCCUCGAGGUGGACGUCGACAAGCGCGCCUCCAUGAGCGACCUUGAGAAUCACCCUUGGGUUCGCAUGGCCACUCCUCGCGCAGCCCUGACGGACCUCAUCCGCAAGACCCUCGAGUUCCGCGCCACCCUGCCUCCCAAUCACUGAUGCUUCGCUCCUGUGUAGCCCCAUGUGCAUGCAGGCGUACAUCGCUCGUGCGCGCGCUGUGCGCGCGUGUGUGUAUGUGUGUGUGCCUUCGUGUACGCGUGUGCCCGUGCGGCCGCGCCGGUGAGCUCGGACCGCUCCGAAACAGUUCCUCUUGGCGGCGGUUUUUCCUUGUCCCCCUCUCCCCCCUCCAAUCGAUUCAUCCCUUUUCCAUCAUUUGUCGCGCGCGCGCGCUGGCCGAACGCGCAGCGCUUCUUUCCGCGCCCGGUGCGCGGUCGCUUGCGUGUCCUCUCUGUGGCCGGCUUUCGCCUGCGAGAGAGGUAGGAAUGGAAGUGGACAGAAGCGUACCCCGGAGACUGGGCGGCAUUUUUUUCUUCCUCUUUGCCGCAUGUAUAACUGUCCACUUCUCCCUCCUCCCUCCCUCAUAUGUCUCCUCAUCAUGUGCUCCAUGUGCACGCUCGUGUUUUCUGUUCAUCAAAAU